AUGCUUUCCGAGCCGGUCAAAAAGAAACACUCAGUUUCUGGUUUUGACGACCGUAUAAUGUAUGCUUCAUCUGAAAUGCAAGGCUGGAAAAUCAGUAUGGAAGAUGCACACGCUAUUAUACUAAAACUUUUGGAUAAAAAAGGCUAUAGUUAUUUUGGCGUUUUUGACGGACACGCUCAUUAUAGUUGUCGUAAGCUUCACGAUCGUAUUGCAAAAGAUUAUCAAUUUGAAAUAGAUCUUAAAACAGCUAUACAGAAUGGUUUCUUGGGAACAGACGAUGAUUUGAAGAAUGAUCCCCAGUUAUUAUUACCACUAAAAUUUUCCGAAUUACUGCUUGAAUCAAUAGAGAAACUAUCUAGCGCUAUCAUUUCGAUUUGUAUCGUUACUCUUAAUAGAUUCGAUUAUUGUCAAGUGUAA